AUGUGGUCAUUGGGCGAGUACUGCAAGACACAAUUGUUGCGACAACGAUUGGAGGAUUGGUCGCAGUUGCCCGCAUCCAGUCGAACAUUUUUGCAAUCCCUCCAACUUCCCACCAUUCAUCCCUUCUGCGAAGCGACCAAGCUGGAUGAGUUUCAAGUGAACGGAAUCCCUCCCAUGGGACCAAUGCUCAAAGAGGACUAUCAUCAUCACAUGGGAGAUGUUAUUGUCACACACAUAUAUCGAGUGUUACCGGCCUUGAUGGCCAUGGGGGAAUUGUGGCUUCGGCUGUUUGCCUCGGUCAUUGCACCCCUUGGCAUUGCCUAUCUGAUCUACUGUGAAAUACUGUUGGUACUUCGUGGUACCAACAGCAACAGCAAUAAUAAGGCCGUUGGUACUUCCACCAAACUCUUUUCAGUCACUAUCCUCUUGACCGUGGCCUCUUCUGUGGUACUCUUGACAGACACCCUUUACAUUUUGGAAUUUGGUCCUCACUAUGGAUUGGUCAUCUUCGUGAUAUCUGCAGUUCUGGCAACCAGGACAUGCAAGCGACGCCAACUCCGAUGGACCCUGCAGGGAUUGCUCUUGUUGAAGUUAUGGACCUUUUUCUUGAUUUACGAUCCCUUUGUCGGCAAGAUUUCCUUUGGAGAUCGUGUGGAAGCCGUCCAAAAUGUCACAGAAGGACUCUACUACCAUCCACAAAACCAAUUUAUUCAGCACUUGGUUGAUGCCUGGCCUGUGGAAAAGCGCACAUACUCUCUACAAUUAGGUGCCACAGUUUGGAUGCCCACAGGAGAUUCUCGAACGGGAUUUCCCUUUCUCCUCAACAAGGACCUAUCACCACCGGCCUAUCGUCGACUCUGGCUCGAGACGCAUGAUCACGAAUACGUGGCAUUGGAUAUUGCUCUUCCUGAGAAAGGGCAUAGUGACAAAAAGCCAUUAUAUAUGGUCUUGCAUGGAUUGAAUGGUGGGAGCAACGAAGACUAUGUCAAGGAAUUUGCCCAUCGUCGAAUAGCUGAGGGUUCCACAGUUGUCAUUAUGGUGGCUCGCGGAUUGAUGGAUCUACCAGUCAAGGGGUGGGAUGUCUUUCAUGGAGCUCGUGUCGAUGAUGUUCAUAUGACAGCAAAGUUCCUACAAUCCUUUACAGUACCUAAACAACAAACCUUGGCAGCGGUGGGGUACAGUAUGGGUGCCAUUAUUCUGAGCAAUUAUGUGGCCCGCAGUGGCAAUGACUGUGCCCUGGAUGUAGCUGUGGCCAUUAGUGGUGGAUUGGAUAUGCGGUUCGAACACCAUUUCUAUCGUGCCCAACGAUUGUGGCACCCCAUGUUGGCACAGAAAUUGCGGGAUACCUUUUUGGUCCAGAAAUGGGGUGAACGCUUUCGUGCUCGUUUGUCAUCGGAGGACCUGAAGCAAUCCAUGCGGGCCUAUCAUGUGACGGAAAUUGAUCAGCAUGCUGUUGCGCCGUACAAUGGAUUCGACAAUGUGACUCAUUAUUACAGCGAAAUGAGUGCCAUGGGAGAUAUCCCAUUGGGCGCUUAUCAGAACGAAGCAUCCUUACCGGAGCACGCUCGAAUUCAUAACGUUGCCAUUCCCUUGUGUGUGGUCCAUGCAUUGGAUGAUCCCUUGUCCACAUGGCGCACGGUUGGAGCCAACAAUGGUCUGAUGCAUCCAUCCACAUUGACUUCCCAAAUCAGGUCCGGCAAUCUACUUGUACUAUUGACCAAGGCUGGCGGGCAUGUGGGUUGGCCUCUUGGAUGGCUUCCGUGGAUUCGGAAGUGGGAAUGGAUGAACAAUGCUGCAUCUACAUUUGUUGAAGCUGUGCAUCAAGUAUCACAACAGCACACCAACAAUCGACAAUGUGUCAAUAGCGGUGGUGGCAAGUGUUCUAGUGGUGCUGGAAUCGAUACUGAAGAGGAUGCCGACGCUGCCACCACUGAUGAGGCUCCAUCUUGCUGUGACACAGAAGAGACCGUAACAGUGGCUGAUGCUGAAGAGGCAACCACCAAUUCGCUACCAAGCGUGGACGAGAUUGAAAGUACGGAUUCCGAUACACAAAAUGAAGAGGGUCAAAGGAUUCAUGAAACGAAAGAGACCAGCGAUGACGGAAGCUCUGAGGUGGGGACAACUGAUCAGGUGCACGUGGACGAACCACCGUUGGGGGCAACUGAACAGGUUGAGGCAGAUGAUCAGGAAGGGCUCAAGGAGGAGCCACUUUCAGAGCCGGUUGAAACUGUUGAGAGCAAUGCCCACUAA